AUGAGAUCUGAUGAACUUACUACUGGGGCUACGGAGUCAGGCUCAUCCAUCCAAGUUUCCCUCCGCAAUGACCGUACUCUUCUCAUGUUCGUCGUCCAGUCACUGGUCAGACUAAUGCGUUCUCAGCUUGGGAAUCGCACGCCAAAGCACGAGGAUGGCUCCAUCCGGCUCAACCCGUCCAAGUCGAAGCUGAGCGGAUGCACACUCCGCGAACGCACUGUUUGCGACAUGUACAUAUACGACAUGGUACCCCCGAACAGACCUGUAAAGCCCUGCAAAAAGCGGAUAUAUUACUUUGCAGGAGGCAGCUGGCAGGAACCGCCCUCACCACAACACUACGAGUUAUGCGCAAAGAUGGCCAAAGACAUGCCCGAUACAACCAUCUCCAUUGUCUCAACUCCGCUUGCGCCCAACAAUCCCGCGCCAAGUUCGUUUCCCAUGUGCCUGAAGACAUAUCGCGUUCUCAUGGCAGAGGCCGAGAAAGCCGGAGAAAGGGUCAUUCUCGCGGGCGACUCAUCCGGCGCAAACAUCGCUCUAUGCCUUGUCCUGGAGGCUCUAAGAGAAGACAGCGAGCAACAAGAAACGAACCCGCAUCCUAUAGCCAUCAUGACCGUAUGCGCCUCAAUCGACCUGACCCGCAAAAACCCAGACAUCGAUAAGAUUGCGCCCAAAGACCCUCUUCUUACACCUAAAACCAUCAGAGAAACGGCAAAAGUCUGGCGCGGUGACUGGGAGGCUGCCGAUCGCCGCAUCUCUCCUAUUAAUGCUGAUAUCUCGCUGCUGGCUAAGAGGAACAUCAAGGUCCAUGGUAUCACUGCUGGCCACGAUGUCUUGAGCCCCGAUGGUAUCAUACUGCGUGAGAAAUGCGCGAAAGCAGGCGUCAAGGGAGAGUGGGUUCAUUGGGAGAAGCAGAUGCAUUGCUUUGUACUCACCAUGCCGUAUGGACUGAAGGAAGCGAAGAAUGCAGUCCAGUGGAUCAUUGAUGUCUUGAAUAGGGAUUGA